GUCGCUUUCAUUUAACGUUAAAAAAAAUGCAGAAAUGAGAAGUUAAGGUGGGGAGACAAACUAGGAGAUUUACAAAGACAAAAGUAGAAAGUAGAUAAAGGAUCACACACAAUCAUGGCUCCUUGGAUGAGAACCACAAGAGAGCGGUAUGGUGUAGUUAAGUGGAACUUUGUUGGCCAAAAUGAGAAGCAUCUUUCCCUGGAGGUGGGCGACACGGUCCACAUCCAGGAGAUCAGUGAAGGGUGGUACAGAGGCUACUUGACUAGGAACAAAGCACAAUGGGGAGUGUUUCCAGCCAGUAUUGUUCAUCUUAAGGAUGUCAUAAUUGAAAAACGAGGAGAUGAGGAAGUGGUGAUGUCUGCAGAGAUGCCCUUGGUGAAGGAGGUGACCACCACACUGAGGGAGUGGGGAAGCAUAUGGAAGCAGCUAUUUGUGGCCAAUAAGGAGGCCCGCGUCAAGCAGGUCCAGAGGCUGAUGUGGGAACUGAUGGAGUGGCGUUCUCAGCUCCUGUCUGGCACCCUGCCUAGUGAUGAAUUCAAGGAGCUCAAGCAGAAAGUUACUUCCAAGAUCGACUAUGGCAACAAGAUCCUCGAAUUGGACCAGGUUGUUCGAGAUGAUGACGGGAACAUCUUGGACCCAGAGCGAGCUAACGUCAUCAGUCUAUUUCGGGCCCAUGAGGAGGCCACAGUCAAGAUCAAUGACCGCAUCAAAGAGGAGCAGUCCAACAUCCAGACAGACCACAGCGGGAUCUCAGCACGGAUCCAGUCCUCCCCCACCCACAGCCUCUACGUCUUUGUGAGGAACUUUGUCUGUCGCAUUGGAGAGGACUCGGAGCUCUUCAUGUCCCUCUAUGAUCCCAUCAAGCAAACCAUCAUCAGCGAGAACUACUUGGUACGCUGGGGCAGCAAAGGUUUUCCUAAAGAGAUUGACAUGCUCAACAACCUAAAGGUUGUCUUUACAGACUUGGGAAACAAGGACCUGACCAGGGAGAAGAUUUAUUUGAUCUGUCAGAUUGUGAGAGUAGGCAGGAUGGACCUGAAAGAAGCAACCAACAAGAAGUUUACUCAAGGCCUGAGGAGGCCUUUUGGUGUGGCAGUGAUGGACAUUAGUGAAAUCAUCAAAGGGAAGAUUGAAUGCGAUGAAGAGAAGCAGUUUUUUAUCCCCUUUUUCCCGGUAGUUGCAGAGAAUGAUUUUCUGCACACCUUACUGAACAAAGUGACAACAUCACGAGGAGACAGUGGUGGUCAAGGUCUGUGGGUCACCAUGAAGGCUCUGGUGGGGGACAUUGUGCAGAUUCGGAAGGAAUACCCUCACCUUGUGGACCGCAGCACCGUGGUGGCCCGGAAGCUUGGCUUUCCCGAGAUCAUUAUGCCAGGAGAUGUUCGCAAUGACAUCUACCUCACCUUACAGGGUGGCGACUUUGACAAAUACAACAAGACAACCCAGAAAAAUGUGGAGGUCAUCAUGUGGGUCUGUGAUGAGGAGGGCAGAAUCAUACAGAACUCCAUCUGUCUGGGAGCAGGGGAUAAGGCAGUCAGUGAGUAUAGAUCUGUCAUCUACUACCAAGUCAAACAGCCCCGCUGGAUGGAGACAUUUAAGGUGGCAGUCCCUCUGGAAGAAAUGCACAGAAUUCAUUUACGCUUUAUGUUCAGACAUCGCUCUUCCCAGGAGUCCAAGGAUAAGAGUGAGAAGAACUUUGCUAUGGCUUUUGUGCGUCUAAUGAAGGACGAUGGGACUGUUCUACAGGAUGGACUGCAUGACCUUGUCGUCUUCAAGGGUGACAGCAAGCGCAUGGAAGACGUGAACUGCUACUUGUCUUUGGCCUCAACCCGCAACCAUUCCAGUGACCCCCACAAGAUGACAUCUCUGAGCCGCAGCUCAAGCAGCGUGUCUGGGGGUGGAGGAGGCCUGUCUGUGAGCUCUAGAGACAGCUUCGCCAUCUCCACCCUGGUCUGCUCCACUAAACUCACCCAAAAUGUCGGCCUUUUGGGUCUGCUCAAGUGGAGGACUCGACCUGAACUCCUCAAAGAAAACCUGGAGAACCUUAAAAUCAUUGAUGGAGAGGAGGUGGUCAAGUUUCUGCAGGACACUCUGGAUGCCUUGUUCAAUAUUAUGAUGGAACACUCUCAGACAGAUGAUUAUGACAUCCUUGUGUUCGAUGCCUUGAUAUACAUCAUUGGUCUCAUCGCUGACAGAAAAUUCCAGCACUUCAACACAGUGCUGGAGGCCUACAUCAAGCAACAUUUCAGUGCUACACUGGCUUAUAAAAAGCUGAUGUCGGUGUUGAAGAGGUAUCUGGAUGUGUCCAGUCGAGGAGAACAGUGUGAGCCCAUACUCCGAACCCUCAAAGCCCUCGAGUAUAUCUUCAAGUUUAUCGUUCGUUCACGCAUGCUCUACUCCCAGCUGUAUGAGGGGAAGGAGCAGGAAGAGUUUGAGGAGUCGCUGAGGAGGCUUUUUGAGUCAAUCAACAAUCUGAUGAGAACAGACUACACCACCACACUGCUGCUCAGGGUUGCUGCUCUGAAGUACCUGCCAACUGUCCUGCAAGAUGUGGAGAAAGUAUUUGAUGCCAAGCUCCUCAGUCAGUUGCUGCAUGACUUUUACUCCUGCAUUCCUCCUGAGAAACUCCAGAAACAGAAGGUGGCCUCUAUGACUGAAAUUGUCAGCAGCCAGCUCUUCCAGAAACAAGAAUGCCGUGAUGUGUUGUUACCGUUGAUGUUGCGGGAGCUGAGCGGGGCACUGGUUACUAUGGCUGACGGGCCCCAUGAUGAGAGGAAAAACAGUUUGGAGCUGCUCAACAACAUCCUCGAGGUCCUCAGCAGGAACAAUGUGGGGGACACCUUUCAACAUAUCCAGGACAUUGUGGUAUCUCUGCUACGAGUCAUCAACCAGACAGUCAUCACAAUGGGACGAGAGCACGCUCUGAUUUCUAGGGUUGUUGCCUGCAUGACAGCUAUCCUCAGUCAGAUGGAUGAUCGUCACUAUUCUAAAUACAUUGAAACCUUCACUGGAACUACUGAUCUUGUGGACUUCCUAAUGGAGUCCUUCCUACUUUUCAAGGACCUAAUUGGGAAACAUGUGUAUCCCUCUGACUGGAUGGCCAUGAUCAUGGUACAGAACAGGGUGUUCCUAAGAGCCAUCAAUACAUAUGCUGACACUAUGAAAGAAAAGUUCCUCAAUAACGAUGACUUUGAAGUCCAGUUGUGGAAUAACUACUUCCACUUGGCAGUAGCGUUUAUUACCCAGGAGUCUCUGCAGCUUCAGCAUUUCUCACCAACCAAGAGGAACAAAAUUCUGGCCAAAUAUGGAGAUAUGAGAACUAUUGGCUUUGCAAUCCGCGACAUCUGGUAUAAACUAGGCAGUCAUAAGAUCUGUUUCAUCCCUGGCAUGGUGGGUCCCAUCCUGGAGAUGACUUUGAUCCCUGAAGAAGAGCUGAGAAGGGCCACUAUUCCCAUCUUCUUUGACAUGAUCACCUGUGAACAUGCACAUUUUGGCAACUUCAGCAAGUUUGAGAAUGAGAUCAUUCUGAAGUUGGACCACGAGGUGGAAGGCGGUGGAGGAGAUGAACGAUACAUGCAACUACUGGAGACCAUACUGCUGGACUGUGCUGCUGAGAAACCCACGCUGAGGCCACAGGUGCAGCACUUUGUCUCCUUGGUGAAGGCUCUCAUUCGUCUCCUUGACUACCGCACUGUGAUGAGCGAUGACAGCCGCAACAACCGCAUGAGCUGCACGGUCAAUCUUCUGAACUUUUACAAGGACAUCAAUCGUGAAGCGAUUGUAUAUCCGGUAUUGACUUGUACCUUUACAAGUGGAGGGCCUUCACCUGGACAGUGCGAAAACUACACAGAGGCAGCAUACACACUGCUGCUUCACUCUCGUCUGCUCAAGUGGUCAGAUGACAUGUGUAGCCAGUUUGAGUUCCACGGCUCCCAAACGCAGCGGCAGCUCAAAGAAACUCUCUAUGACACAAUCAUUGAUUACUUUGACAAGGGCAAGAUGUGGGAAGAGGCCAUCACUCUGUGCAAGGAACUUGCAGAACAGUAUGAAAACGAGAUCUUUGACUACGAGCUACUCAGCAAGAGACUGGAAAAACAAGCCAAGUUCUAUGAAAAUAUUAUGAAUCUGAGGCCUAAACCAGACUACUUUGCUGUGGGCUACUAUGGACAGGGCUACCCUCCAUUCCUCAGGAACAAGGUGUUUAUUCACCGUGGCAAGGAGUAUGAGCGCAGAGAGGACUUCCAGAACCAGCUGAUGAGCCAGUUCCCCAGUGCCGUACGUCUCAACACAACCACCAUGCCAGGGGAUGAUAUCAAGAACUCUCCGCUUCAGUAUAUCCAGUGUUUCACAGUCCAGCCAGUCCUCGAGAUCCCUCCUCGCUUGAAGAACAAACCUGUUCCUGACCAGAUCAUCAACUUCUAUAUCAACUAUGUGCAGCGAUUUCACUAUUCCAGACCAGUGAGGAAAGGACCCGUGGACCCAAACAAUGAGUUUGCUUCUAUGUGGAUUGAGCGCACAACCUUCACCACUGUCUAUAAACUGCCUGGGAUCCUGCGCUGGUUUGAGGCAACUGACAUGAAGCAUACUACCUUGUCUCCUUUGGAGAAUGCUAUAGAGACCAUGGAGUCAACAAAUGAGAAGAUUCUCACGAUGAUUAACCAGUACCAGUCUGACUGGAGCCUUCCCAUUAACCCUCUCUCCAUGCUGCUCAAUGGCAUCGUUGACCCUGCUGUCAUGGGUGGCUUUGCAAAAUAUGAAAAGGCAUUCUUUACUGAAGAGUACACCCAGCAGCACCCGGAGGACAGAGAUAAACUGCUGCGGCUCAAAGACCUCAUCGCAUGGCAGAUCCCAUUACUAGGAGGAGGAAUCUCCCUCCAUGGGAAGAGAGUGACUGAAGACUUGCGUCCUUUCCAUGAGCGCAUGGAGGAGUGUUUCAAACAGCUGAGAAAGAAAGUAGAGAAGGAGUACGGAGUGAGAGAGCUGCCGGACUUGGAUGAGAGAAAGUCCACUCGUCCACGCUCCAUGCUGCGCUCAUUUCGUCAGUCCAUCAUAUCGAUUUCCUCAAUGCAGGGAUCUGAGUGUGGGACGCCAACCAAGACCCAUGCAGACAGGGACGUUCCUCCUGAGUCUCCGGUCUCCUGGAGCUCUGCCACCCUGCCACGCUCCAGUGGCAGUGUUAGUAUAAGUACAGUGGAGGAGGGGGGCGUGAUAACCGUGGGCGAUGCAGAGGUCAAAAUGAGAAAGAGUAAGAAGAAAAAGAAAAGGAGCAGCAUGAUCUUCAUCACAGAGGAAAGAGAAAGAACCAGUACACUGGAUUGCAAACGGCUGUCCAAGAAGCAGGAGUUCCGCAGUGACACCAAUUUGGCAGAGCCAAAUGAAGAAAAUGUGGCGCUGACCAGUGCCAACUCAAGAUCCCUGCCUGCCAUCACAGGUCUGUCCUUGUCAGUGGCAGCAGGGGCAGAAGAGGUGGAGUCCGCCAGAGCCAGGAGGGACAGUAAGAGCAUGUCUGUGUGUGCGACCUCUGACCGAACAGCAGACAGACGCUCAAAGGGUGUCAUCAACCUGCUCUUCAAGUCCAAGAGCUCCAGAACAGAGGAGGUGAAGCCCAGUGAUCCAGCCAAAGACAGUAACAGUCAUUUUUGAAAUUAAUCAUUUUCAUUUCUUAUCUUCUUUUAUUUGUAUUUGUUUUUACCAAGGACCUGCAGCCUAAACCACAAUUAUACGACUCACACAGCCUGCCUGUCAGUCUCAGUGUUGCUGUUGCCUUAAUAUAAUUGAUUUUACCUAUCAGUAAAGGCUAUUUUUGUUCUGUGACCUUUUUCCUGGUGAUUUAGAUGAAUCCCAGUGAAGCUAAAUGCCAUCUUACAGCUUUUCAAUCAAUUCUGCUACAACAAUGAGCAAACACAAACUGUCUCUCCAACACACUUGAUUAAAAGCUUCUCAUUAUACAGCUUUCGGCAUUGUUGACACGGAAUUUAAUGAGAAAAUAAUAAUUCUAUAAAGCACAAAGGUUACCGUGUCCUCCCGAAGGACUUUAAACAGGAACCCGUUGCCACAAGGCUUUGGCAAUGAUACAACAAACAUGAAAGUCUAAUAAACUCAAAUAGAGUCCUGUGAAGCUAAUUGUACAUCAAAGUUUUGUGUACCACAAUGUUGAGUUUGUUUUUCUGUAUGAAUUCUGUUGGGGGGUAGGGAUUGUUUGCAUGAGUUGGU